AUGGAACUUCGUUCUGAUCUUUCUAUUCCACAUGUUAUUGAUUCGAAUUUAAUUCCAUUUGUUGAUUCACCUACACAAGGUGUUCAACGUCGAAUGUUAGAUCGAAUUGGUGAUGAAGUAGCUCGAGCAACAACUAUUGUUAAAUACAGUCCAUUUGCACGAUUUCCUCGUCAUACACAUGGUGGUGGAGAAGAAUUUGUUAUAUUAGAUGGAGUCUUUUCUGAUGAUCUUUCUGGUGAUCAUGGUCCAAUGAGUUAUUGUCGGCAUGGUAUUGGUACUACGCAUGAACCAUCGACAGGUGAACAAGGUGCUAUAUUAUUAGUUAAACUUCGUCAAAUGAAUGAUCGUACAGAAACACCAAUUACUAUAAUUGAUACAGAAGCUUCAACGAAUUGGAAAAAAGAUUUAAAUUCAAAACGACAACGUAUUAACUUAUUUUCAAAUACAAAUACUGGUGAAAAUGUAUGGAUGGAAAAAUGGGAAGCUGAUUUUGAAGAUAAUAAUUGGAUUGUUGGUCAAAAUGGUGAAGAAAUCUUUGUACUUAAAGGUGAUUUGAGUUUUACAAAUGUUGAUGGAACAGAUGAUGAGAAUAAUAAAAAUAAUUGUACACAAGGAUUUUGGAUAAGACGACCCAUUGAAUGGGCUGGACGACAAUUUAAAGUAAAAAGUCAAAAUGGUUGUCAAUUAUUUAUAAAAACUGGACAUUUAGCUAUGAAACUUGAUGAAAUACGAUAA